AUGUCUCCGCCUUCCUACGACGAUAUUCCGCCGCCAUACGUGCUGGGGGAUGUCGUCCCCUCGUAUACCAAACACCUCGCCGGUUCCGACAACACACCAGACUGCACGUCCAGCCCCUCUUAUGGUCUCGCAUAUACCUCGCUCAAGGCCAACAAGAGUGGCUUUACUUCCACCACCUCGGCUACGGUCACUUCAUCCCCUCCCGCUGCCGCUGCCGAUGGCGAAGCGAUCGUCAAUGUUGCACCUGAUCGCGCACCCACGUCUCGCACCGUACUCAUGACACACACCGAAACGUACACAGACCGUGUCGGAGAGCAUAGUCAUGCUGUCGCAUGGCUGUGGCUGGAGAAUGGGCGUGUCUAUUAUGGAAGGCACGCGGCUCCUGGUCUGUACAACGAAGCGGGCCCAAGUCCACUUACGAUGCUGGUAGCCUGCGUCGACGGUCAGGUCCUCCCUCACAUGAAGCAGAGCUACCACAGAGCGUCUCCCGAGGUUCUGGGUGUUUCCCUUUCUCGCCUCGCAGGCCGAGAUACAGGACCCGCGCUGUGCAGUCACAACCCCUCUUCUUCCCCGUCUUCUGUCAAACUCGACGAACACGAGAUUGAGAUGUACGAACGGCUUUGGGGACACCCUCACCCGAACGUCACCCAGUACCACGGCGUCUCCGCCGUUGAUGACGAGUACAUCACCGGUAUCCAGGUCAGCGCCUCCAAGCUCACGCUUCAGGACGCGCUGCUUGACUGGCCGUUCAUGCGUCUUGGAUCAAUCGAGCGCGGGCUAUAUGCUGGCAUCGCCCACCUGCAUUCUCAUGGCAUUUGCCACAACAACCUCAACCUAUCGUCUGUCAGGAUGAGUGAUGCUGGCGGCGCGAUCCUCGCAGAUCUGCGUUUCGCCACGGUCAUCAACACAGAUGGCAGCAUCGAUGUGCCAUCGGUGGGUGGUGGGCUGAAAGGGUGGCUUCUUCGUCGGCACGAUCCCGACUACACCGCAGCGCGCCAUCUGAUGCGCGAGGCACGUACCUUGCGCUUAUAUGCGGCGGGGCGCUUCGUCUAUUGGAAGGCUUGGGGCGUUGUGCGGGCAGUCUUGAGCGGCUUGAAGGGGUUUGCGAUCAACAUUCGGCGUCUUGGGCGUACGGUCCGCGAUCCGUUGCUCCUCGUCCUUGACCGUGGCUUCUGA